AUGAACGAGGACUCCGCGGUGACGGAGAUCCACCGCAAGAUCGAGCGGGAAAAGGCUAUUAUCAAUGCCGCCAAUAUGCUACGGCAGGCUACAAACAAUGCCUCCGUGAUAUCAAGAGGCGACUCCCAGAUCCGUGAUGCUCAGCGCAAUAUUCAGUACUUCGAGCAGAGGUUACAAGAGUUGCAAACGCGGAAAGCCACGAGUAGUAUGAAUAAUAUGUCCAUGUCUGGGAAUGGUGGACCACCUCCUCCACAACAUGGUGUGCCUGGUGGUGGAAGAACUGGAGGAGGCAUGAACAAUGAGAGAGGCUAUACUGGUGGAGGGCAGGGCGAUUAUGGCAACCCUGGACCUGGUGGAUAUAGUAUGGGUGGAGCACCCGGUCUUAUGCCCCCAAGCCGACCGUAUGCCCCCCCUGGCCCUGGUGAUCGCUCCCCACGUAUACGACCAAAUUACAGUAAGCUGGAUUUGAUCAAGUACGAUACAGCACAUCUCGGACCACGGAUCCAACUCAUGCUUUCGCAAUUGGAAUUCAAGCUGAGCGUGGAGAAGCAAUACAAAGAUGGUAUCGAGAAGAUGGUUCGGCUGUAUCAGAUAGAGAAAGAUCGCAAGAGUCAAGCUGAUGCUGAAGGAAGGCGGAUCGAGUCAAACCAGAAGAUCCAGCUUCUUACUAGGGCGUUGAGACGGUAUGAAGACUUACAUGUGGAUGUUGAGAACUCGGCAGAUGCGGCGGACGAUGAGAGUAUGGACUCGCCGAGUCAGAGGAAGCCACUUACUGGUCGCCUGCAUGUGAGGAUCAAUGCUGUCGCUGAUGUGGAGCAUGCUUCUACUGGCCGCUUCACCCGCGGACCGGAGACAUUCGUCAUCAUGAAGGUGGAGGAUGCUUUCAAAGGCCGAACACGAGCUACGAGGACGGAUCGAUGGACAGACGAGGUCCACGAGUUCGAUUGUGACAAGGCGAACGAGGUCGAGUUCACGGUAUACGACAAGUCAGGCGAACAUCCUGUCCCGAUAGGUUUGCUUUGGAUUCGACUGUCGGACUUGGUUGACGAGAUUCGACGUAAGAGGGUGGAAGCUGAGUUCAACCAAGCUGGUUGGAUUACUGCGGACAAGAUGGAUGGGACGCAGACGAGGCCAGACCUGCAAUUUUCGGCGCCACCGACUGCGUCGAACGCACAAGGCGGUGCUGGAGGUACUGCGGCGGCGGCUGGUGGGCCACCUGGUUCUGGACUUGCACCGCAGACUGGACCAAUCUAUGUCGAUGCUUGGUUCUCCCUGGAGCCAGUAGGCCGGAUCCAACUCUCCCUCGGCUUCGUCAAACAGACCAAAGAACGUCGCGGCUUCGAUGUAGGUCUCAACCGGAAAGGUGCCGUCAGGCAAAAGAAGGACGAUAUUGUGGAGCAGUAUGGCCACAAAUUCGCGAUACAAACCUUUUACAACAUCAUGCGCUGCGCCCUCUGCGGCGACUUCCUCAAGUACACGGCUGGUAUGCAGUGUGGAGACUGCAAGUAUACGUGUCAUAAGAGCUGCUAUCCCAAAGUCGUGACAAAGUGUAUCAGCAAAUCUACGGAUCCGGACGAGGAGAGGAUCAACCAUCGCAUCCCACACAGGUUCGAGGCGUUCUCGAACAUGGGCGCCAAUUGGUGUUGCCAUUGUGGAUAUAUGCUUCCUCUUGGUCGGAAGCAAUCGAGGAAGUGCUCGGAGUGCAAGUUGACGUGCCAUUCCAAUUGUGUGCACUUCAUGCCUGAUUUCUGUGGUAUGAGUAUGGAGGCGGCGAAUCAGAUCUUAGCGGAGAUGAAGCUGGCGAAGAACAAGCCGCUCCCUGCAUCUUCGCGCAUGAUGGGUAAUAGCAGUAAGCUGAGGCCUCCUUCAUCGACCACGCCACGACCUGCUCCACAGGCCAACCAGAGCUUUGCAGUUGCGCCGAAUCAUCAGGAUCAAACUGCGCAGAACAAUGCUAGACAAGAGAGCGAUAGGUUCUCUUACGGUGACAAGAGGAUUUCAGAUCAGUAUAAUGAGCCGCCUCCUCGGACAAGCUCGUUUGGUCCUGGCGCGGAGCAGUCAGUAGAUGCUGCCAAAGCUUCCAUGGUUAACACUCCAUCUACCCUUCAAGGCUCGAAUAGGCCGCCGACACAUCGGUCACAAUCUUCGCAGAACCAAGCCACGUCAGAAGCGGCAAAAGCAGCGAAUGCAGCAAUGGCUAAGGGCCCAUCUAGUCCACAGGACUCACAUCGACCGGGCUAUAAUCGAGGGUCGACAGAAUCUGGACAAUCAAGUUUGCGUCCUAGUAGUGGUUAUGCCGAUGGAUAUGAAGGUGGCAGCAGCUACGGACAGAAACGGAAAUCGCAAGCUCCUCCUCCUGGCCAGCCGGCUUACGAUCCUUCUGUAUACCCACCAUUGAGCGGCUACCCGCCUCAGCCAAAUUCGCCUAUGCAGCAACAGCCUCCUGUUUCUGCACCGCCGGCACGAUCUCCAUACCAGCCGAUCGCGGCGGUACCGGUACCACAGAUUAAGCCUCCAUCCCAAACACCACUACCUCAGCAGCAAGUAGCACCAUCGCAGCCACCGCCCACCAUCACACAACCUGUGGCGGAAGCGCGGCCCUCUGCACCACCUGCUAGUACGCCAGGUACUGGUCGCAGAAUAGGUCUGGAUCAUUUCAACUUCCUCGCUGUCCUCGGUAAAGGCAACUUCGGCAAAGUCAUGCUCGCCGAAACGAAAUCCAGCAAACAACUCUACGCCAUCAAAGUGCUCAAAAAGGAAUUCAUCAUCGAAAAUGACGAAGUCGAGAGCGUACGAUCUGAGAAACGUGUCCUGCUCAUCGCAAACAAGGAGCGUCAUCCCUUUCUUCUCAGUCUCCACGCUUGCUUCCAGACUGAGACUCGUGUCUAUUUCGUCAUGGAGUACAUAGCGGGAGGCGAUUUGAUGCUGCAUAUUCAACGCGGGCAAUUCGGCACCAAGAGAGCUCAAUUCUACGCUGCUGAGGUAUGCCUGGCACUGAAGUAUUUCCACGAGAACGGUGUGAUCUACCGCGAUCUGAAACUCGACAAUAUCAUGCUCGGACUGGACGGCCAUGUCAAGAUUGCCGAUUAUGGUCUCUGUAAAGAAGACAUGUGGUACGGUUCCACCACCUCGACCUUCUGCGGCACACCCGAAUUCAUGGCCCCGGAGAUCCUACUAGAUAAGAAGUACGGCCGCGCAGUAGACUGGUGGGCCUUCGGCGUCCUCAUCUACCAAAUGCUCCUCCAACAAUCCCCCUUCCGCGGCGACGACGAAGACGAAAUCUACGACGCGAUCUUGGCCGACGAGCCGCUGUACCCGAUACACAUGCCGCGUGACAGCGUCUCGAUCCUGCAGAAGCUGUUGACACGAGAGCCCGAGAUGAGGUUGGGAAGUGGGCCCACGGAUGCGCAGGAGAUCAUGUCGCAUGCUUUCUUCCGCAAUAUUAAUUGGGAGGAUAUUUAUGCCAAGAAGAUCCCGGCGCCGUUCAUUCCGACGGUCAAGGGGAGGGCGGAUACGAGUAAUUUCGAUUCGGAAUUUACUGAUGUUACUCCCGUGCUUACGCCGGUGCAGAGUGUGCUCACGCAAGCUAUGCAAGAAGAGUUCCGAGGCUUCUCGUACUCGGCGGACUUUGCUUGA